UUAAGGCCGCCGCUCCAACCUGCCGCAUAUUAUCCCGUCCGUCUGAGCGAGGUUGCGUUUAAAAGUCUCCACGUCGCACGGCCACCGCGUGCAGCGUCUGCCUGCGCUUCCCGCGUGCAUGCGCGCACGCCAGUGAGUCAGCUUGAGAAGGGAGAGCGCGAGAGAAAAGAGAAAGAGAGAGAGAGGGAAGGUAGCGGGCGCGAGGGGAGAGCGGAGGAGCGCAAGCGAGCGAGCGACACAGCGCUAUGAAAUUCUUCUGUGCGUUUAGCCUGCUGCUGCUCUUCCCAGCGCUGAGCCUCAACAGCAGACAGACCUAUGAGGGCCUGGAGCGGAGGCUGAAGGAUGUCUUUGCGGAGAGGACGGGGAUCCUGCGCCAGCUCUCCAAGACGUCUAAGGAGCUUGACGGGAUCAAAGGCAACCUGCAGUCUCUGAAGAAUGACGACACCGUCGCUAAGAAGGACGUGCAGAGGGUGCUGGAGCUGAGCCAGAAGCAGAGGGAGGAGAUGAAGUCCCUUCAGGCGGCCCUGCAGAAGCAGCUGGAUGAGGCCACAGAGAGGGCGGAGAAGCAGCAGGCCACGAUCAAUUUCCUGAAGACAGAAAUGGAGAGGAAGAGCAAGAUCAUCAAGGACCUCCAGCAGGAGGUGAGCUUCCAGUGUGCGGGGAAGUGGUUCCCCCCAAGAUGUCAUGGCACCUGCACAGAGGACACCCUGACAGGUGCCGACCGUCAUCCAGGCGGGGGGGAGGGGGAAGGCAAUGUGUUGUUCUCCUCUCUUGAAAGGGAGAGCUUGUUGAUUGCCGUACCCAGUACAGGCACUGAAGGCGAGGCUCUCCAUUGUGAAUUUUUGUAUUUACAUGCUCCGACUCACCGUCUCCUUAUCUUCCCCCUGCAGUCAAAAAAAAUCCAGGCUCAACUGAAAGAGCUGCGUUAUGGGAAAAAGGAUUUGGUAUUUAAGGGACAGCAGCUCAUGGACCUGGAGCGCAAGCUUCUGGCCUCCAAGGAGGAGUUGGAGAAGACUGCUUUGGACAAGGAGUCCCAGCUGAAGGCGCUGAAGGACACCGUGCACCUCUGCUUCUCCUCAGUGCUGCAGAGCCACCCGCCCAGCAGCCACGCCCUCCUGACCGCCCCCUCCCACCUGACCAGGUUCUCUGCCCUUGCCAACAGCUCCAGGGUCACCUUCCAGCAGCCACACGCCAAGAAUAUCCCAAAAAUGCUGAGGAUCGUUACAAGUAAAGCUCCUUCAAAAGCAGAGCCAAUGAAGAGGGACACCGCAGAGGUCAAGGACUGCCAGUCUGAAAAGGUUGACAAGAUUUGUUCUCAAAACCAGACUGAAAAAUGGUCCCCUGUGAGUAAAACAGCAGCGCUGAACCUGAAUAACCAGGAAAAAUCCCACGAUCAGCCGAAACUAGGAAAUGACAUCAUGAAGCUUCCAGAAGAUGGAGGAGAGCAGAAGGGAGGGGACCAGGAGGAACACAACUGAAGCAAUAGAGGAUGAGGAGGAGGAUGAGGAUGAUGAGGAUGAUGGAAAAGCGGCUGAGGAAAUAAUGUUCCACGGACUGUCUGUAUGCUGUCAGUGAUGUCAGUUUGAUUCAGUGUAAUACAAAAGCAUGCAACUGACCCCGCCCCUUCAUCAUAGACCCCGCCCCUUCACCCUGACCCCCCCCCACGGGUCUGUCUCAGUCCCGCCUACAUUCCCGCUGAAUCACUUCCAGACCUAUUUGCUCACACAAGACACAAGCACACACAACAUGGUCAUGUGCAAAACACAUUCCCGAUCUUUUGAGGAAACCCCCACCUCCUGCUGGCCAUGUCUGGACUUUGAUGGUGGAACUAAUACAUAGCAGUGGCAUGUUCUCGAGCGCUCCAUGUCGCUGGGGGCGUGUUUUUACGAGACUUUUGUUGUACAGUUCGUCUGCAUUUGCUUCUUUAGUUGUUUUUGCUCAGUGCCAGGGAAAUAUUUCAUGUUUUAUAAUGCUUUCAAACAAACCUUUUGUAGCUCAAGUCCAGCCGUAAGAGGAAGGUGCUUUUAGACUAAGUAGGGAUGGACCUCGACCCUUCUGAUCUUUGGCUGGCAUUAAAUGUACUACACGUUUUGAAUGAUAAUUUUAAAAAGCUAUUGAUUAAAAAAAUAACUGCAAAGCAGGAGGACUGACUUCUGUUCUGAGACCUGUUUAAAGAGUGUUCCGGUAGUUUAGUGUUUUGGACUCACAGAAAGAGCUCUUUCCUCCUUUGAUGUAGGCCACAGACAGGGCUGGCCAACUUUCGACGUUUAUUUUUCCGAAAAUUAUUUGCCUUUAAUGUGCCAAAGGUAAAAGAAUGAAAACUCACAAUGAGUCUUUUCACUGAGAACUAUGUGCCAUGCACUGACUAUGAAGCUAAUCUAAGCUACUUUCUCUUUCUGUAUUACCUGAUCUAUCUGUGUCCGUCCAAUAAAAGACUGAUUAUUAAUAUUGUGUGAAUCACCACAUCUGUGUAAUUUGGCUAAGAAUAAAUGGAUUGUUGCAAAACA